GCUCAUUUCACAAACAAGCAUUGAAAGGAACAACAGACAUGGGUGUUACAAAAAAGACAAUCACUCCUGGCGAUGGGAUCAAUUUCCCAAAAGCAGGCCAGACCGUUGUCAUACACUAUACUGGGACUCUGGAAAAUGGUCGAAAGUUCGAUUCUUCUAGAGAUCGAGGCGAGCCCUUUGUAACUCAGAUUGGCGUUGGUCGUGUCAUCAAGGGAUGGGACAAAGGGGUGCCACUGAUGUCUGUUGGCGAACGAGCGAUUCUUCAUAUAACUUAUGACCAUGCAUAUGGUGCACGUGGCAUGCCUCCUGUGAUUCCAGGUCUUUCGAACCUGAUUUUUGAUGUCGAAUUGUUGGAGAUCCGCGACUAGAUGGGAAGCAAUCAGAUUAGAUAUUUUGUAUAAUACAACAUAAACUUACUGCUUCAUCCCUUUCCUUUCCUUUCCUUUCCUUUCCUUUCCUUUCCUUUCCUUUCCUUUCCUUUCCUUUCCUUUCCUUUCCUUUCCUUUCCUUUUCUUUACUGACUGUGACAGCUUAUGUGAAUUAAUCUCCGGAUUUGUUCCGCACAGGCC